AUGGAUAGCCACCAGUCCGGGCUGCGCUUCCUUCCGCCCCCUUUCCACCACCCGGGCUGGAGAAGCCACCCUCACCAUGAAUUCCUUGCGCCCAAGCUCACGUCUUCGUGCCUGUACGCGUCGAGGCGCAAAGAACAGGCGCCUUCUUGCCUGGAGUUCGAGGCGGGCAAAUUUCCUCCGGCCCCCCAGCCAGACGUUUCGCCUCUCCCCGGGCUGGAGAUGAAAGAACCGCCUUUCUCGGUUCGCCAAGGAGGACCUCCCCCGCCAAACCUCGCCUCCCGGGCCCUUCCGCAGCCUGGGUUAACCAUCUUCUCGCCGCCGCCACCUUGCGAAGAAUUGACUUCCGCCGCUCCUAACGGGAAUCUACUCGGAGGUAGCCCUUCGCCUUCGGACUUUGCCGAGAAAAGAAAUUACGAGGCGUCGAUCCUACUGAAACCGAGGUACGGACCAGGAGGGAGCAAAGGAAGACCAGAAGAGGAGGAGGAGGAGGAAGAAGAGGAAGAGAAAAAUGUCUUGCCCAAAGCUCCAUCACUAGACCUACCUCAACGCGAUAAAACUUCACAAGGUAACCCCGCGGCCAACUGGCUCCACGCUCGCUCUUCCCGGAAGAAACGAUGCCCCUACACGAAGUACCAGACCUUGGAACUGGAGAAAGAGUUUCUGUUCAAUAUGUACCUCACGAGGGACCGUAGACACGAAGUGGCCCGGCUCCUCAACCUGAGCGAAAGACAAGUCAAAAUCUGGUUUCAGAAUCGAAGGAUGAAGAUGAAGAAAAUGAACAAGGAACAGGGGAAAGAAUGA